AUAACAACGUCCCCUGAUGACACUAAACAAGUUUCACUGACAGCAUUUUGUAUUAUUUAUUUUGACACGAAUAGUUUGUUUAAAAAAAUAUUGAAACAUGUUUACAAAAUACUUCCUCUGCGUCUGCAUCGUAUGUUACUUCAGUCUGGCCCAAGAAACAAAGCCUUUGCAAUACAACGACAGGAACUUUGACACCAAAAUGAACGAGCACGAAGUGGCCCUUGUGUUGUUUUACGCACCUUGGUGUAACCACUGCAUCCAGUUUCUGCCCAAAUUUGCGGACGCUGCAAAGCAAUCAGAGGAGAGCAGCCGUCCGAUUGCCUUUGUCAUGGUUGACUGUGAAAACGACGGUAAACAAACUUGUGAAAAGUUUGGCGUCAGCUCGUUCCCCACACUGAAAAUUUUCCGCAACGGCAAGUUCUUGAAAGCGUACGAGGGGCCCAGAGAGGCCCCAGCUAUAGCAAAGUAUAUGAAGGCGCAAGUUGACGGCGACUCGCGGGAGCUGGGCAGUGUUGCAGAGCUGGAGGAUUUUUUAUCUACUGACGAGGUCUCGGUGGUUGGUUUUUUUGAAAGUGACUCUUAUUUGAAAGUGGUUUUCUUUAAAGUGGUUGAUAAAAUGAAACACAAGAUAAGGUUCGGGCACUCCACCUCGGAGGCUGUGAUGCUGCAGCAGGAGGUUGCCGACGGGAUUGUGCUGUUCCGUCCUCCACAUCUACACAACAAGUUCGAAAAGAGCAGUGUUUUGUAUGAAGGAGACGCCGAAACUGACGAAAUCAUUCAGUUUAUAAUGGACAACUACCACGGUUUGGUGGGACACCGCAGAAAGGACUUGGAGGAGUUUGAAAAAGAGCCGCUUGUGGCCGUUUUCUACGCCGUUGAUUACAAGAAGAAUACUAAGAGGACAAAUUACUGGCGAAACAGAGUCCUGCCAGUUGCGAAGAAAUACGAAAACCAGUUCUAUUUCGUCAUCUCUGAUAAGGACGAGUUCAAAUCAGAACUUAAAGGGCAUAAGCUUUACGAAAAAAACCUGACAAAGCCUGUGGUUUUGGCCCAAAACUUCAGAAAACGCUUGUUCAAAAUGAAAGAACCAUUCUCUACUGAGGCUCUUGAUAACUUCGUGCAGGAUAUCCUCGACGGAAAACUGGAGCCUGAAAUGAAAAGUGAACCGAUCCCUGAAGUCAACAAUGGAUCGGUUACAAUUGCUGUGGCGAAAAACUUUGAUAAACUUGUUUACGAUAAUGGAGUUGACACAGUUGUUCUACUGACUGGCCCCGAUUGCGAUGAAUGCAUAAUUGUCGAAAAGCCCUAUGAAGAACUCGGUGAAAAAAUGAAGAACGAAGACAUUGCAGUUAUUAAAAUGGAUAUUUCAAAAAAUAGCUCGCCUCAAGAAUUAGAGUUAGACGGUAUCCCUUCUAUAUUUUUCCUGCCGAAGGAUUCUAAAGACUAUCCGAUUCUACACAAAGGUGAUUUUUAUAUAGACGAUUUUAUACAAUUUGUUGCUCAACAUGCAACAAACGAACUUAAAGGAUAUUACAGAAACGGGAAACCUAGACCGGAAAGAACUGAACUUUGAAGGACGAACGCACAAAACGCUAAAUUGUCAUGUUGCAGUAUGUUUUUUUGUAAUUAAAAUGUCCAGCACAAUACAUAAUAUUACACAAA